CUUCCACAUGGAUCCCCGCAGACUUCGCUGAGAGGGGCCAUGGCGCUGAGUCGUCUGUUCUGGGCGCUGCUGCUGCUGCUCCCUUCCUUUGAGACUUCAGUUACGGCACAAGACGCCCAGGUAGAAUGCCUUCAAGUGUACCAAGGAUUCUCUGCCUGCGUACUGCAGCUAGGAAGCAGCGUGGCUGAGGCACAGGGGCUGCCCGCAGUCUGUGGGUACUGGGAAGAGUUUCACACCUGUGCCCUGACUACCCUCCAGGACUGUAAAGAGGAAGCUACCCUGAUCUGGGAGACAUUAAAAAAGGAAUCUAGGAAUCUUCACUUUCCUGGGAACUUGUUUGAGCUAUGUAACCCCAAGGGUUCUGGUGGGCCAAGCCCUUUAUUCCUCUCACCCUGGCACCUGCUGGGCACUACUCUGCUCCUUGUUUGGUUCUAAAGGCAAGCCUGGGCCAGUGCAUGGAACCUGCCUCCCUGAACCAAACCCUCUCUUGUCUAAAGGAAAGAUGAUCCUUUACUGCCAAGUGCUAAGCCACUUGAGUCACUGACUAUACCCACCGGUUUCCUGCCUAGGUAGCACCCCCACCGUUCCAGAAUACAUGCAGAGAAAAGAACCUCAGUGUAUCCUUUGCAAUUAAAAACCUUC